AUGAAGAUCCCAGGGGCGUUGGUGGCUUUGUUACUCCUGGGAGAAGUGGUGUCUCAAAGCAAACGUAAUUCCAAAGCUCACGUGAAGACUCCUGCCCAGAAUCGAAAGGGCCCUAACCCAAGUGGGGAACUGGAGCGCACUGCUGCUGAGGAAGAUGUCUUUGUGGGAGUUCUUCCUCCUAUGGAAGAUGCCUUGGCAUCACAGCUCAGAAGUGCCGCUCUCACUCCUUGGCAUGCUCAGAAGGCACCUGAGGACAUGAAACUUUUCUUUCUGAAGAACCCCCUGAUCACCUGCAAUGAUGGGACCACAGCUGGGUAUUACUUAAGGGAGCACAAAGGGAGCAAGAGGUGGAUCAUAUUCUUAGAAGGUGGCUGGUGCUGUUAUAAUAAAGAAACAUGUGAUACCAGAUAUAAAAAUAUCCGUCGCUUAAUGAGCUCAUCUGAGUGGCCUCAAACAAAGAAAGGGACAGGCAUUUUGUCUGCCCAGAUGGAGGAGAGCCCUCACUGGUGGAACGCCAAUGCAGUGUUUGUGCCUUAUUGCUCGAGUGAUAUCUGGAGUGGAACUUUGCCCAAGUCACGGCAAGCAGACUAUGCCUUCAUGGGAGCGCUAAUUAUCCAGGAGGUGAUUAAAGACCUGGUUCCUAAGGGAAUUAAGAAAGCUAAAGUGGUCCUGCUUGCUGGGGAAAGUGCUGGUGGGACUGGUGUGCUACUGAACCUAGAGAGGGUGGCGGCCCUUCUGGAGGAGCUGGAAGCUGAGGCAGUCCAGGUCAGAGGACUUGUUGACUCUGGCUGGUUCCUGGACAUUAAACAUCCAAGACAAUCUGACUGUUCAGAUGCUGCCUCUUGUGCCCCAGUGGGUGCAAUCAAGAAAGGACUCAGGAUGUGGAAUGGAAUCCUUCCAGAAAAAUGUAAACAGCAGUUCAAGAGAGUUAACGAGUGGCAGUGCUUCCUUGGGUAUAGAUUGUAUUCAUCCUUGAAAUCUCCAGUUUUUGUGGUUCAGUGGCUGUUUGAUGAGGAACAGCUGAAAUUAGAAAAUAUCCAUCUUGGAAGUCAGUUCCUAACAGAAAAUCAAUGGAACUACCUACAAAACCUUGGGCGAGAACUUAGGAACUCAUUGCGUGAUGUCCCAGCUGUGUUUGCCCCUGCAUGUCUGUCUCACAUGCUGAUUACAAAAAGCUACUGGCUGAAAUUUCAAGUGAAGGGCAUUUCUUUGGCCAGAGCCUUGCAGUGCUGGGAGAAGAGCCUUCAAGACAGCAAUAAAGCCCCAAAGAUCCCCAUGAGAAGUUGUCCCUUCCAUCUGAUUGAUAACUGUCCAUGGCCUCAUUGCAACCCCACCUGCUCAGUUCUGCAUGACCAUGGCACAGGCCAAGAAGUGAACUUCAUGCAGACUUUAUUCAGGAUGCGGCUUGAUGUCCACAGGAAAGCUCAGGAGCUCAAAUCAGGCCCCAGUCAACUGGGAAUGCUCAGUAAUGGUGGCUAAUGCAUAAGCUUGACAUCCAUGUGGGUUAAUUGUAGCUUAAUGUCAAACAAUGCUGAUGUUGAGCAAAAGUCAAGGGUUUCCGUAGAGUUUAGGCACAUAUUGGGAUGUUAUGGUUGUAAUGACUGAUGUUUAUGUCAAUCUUACCUUGUACUGCUGCUGUUUCAAUCGGGUGAACUCACAGCUUCACUUGUACUCCACUGCAUUUGACAUAAGUCGCAGUACGGUUUGGAGGCUGCUACAUACUUUAGGGAUUUUUUGAGGGAUGGGCCAAACAAGGAUGAUUGUUGAACAAUCUUCAUUCACUUCCCUUUACACUCUGACUGAAUACCAUCAGAUUGCUAGGAGGUUAGCUGAAUGGAGUCUUAAUUUUGUAGGAUAACCGACGAAAGUCUGAUUUCCUGUUUUCAUUUUAGCGCCAUUUACUGCUGCUGAGACUAUUAAUAAAAUGAGGAGUAUGAACAAAAUAUUGACCAAGUUUCCAAGGGCUUUGACUCAUUAGGAUGAAUUACUCUCAGUCAGAUUGAUCCCUCCUGUAGAAAAGCCCAGGAGAGCAGGCCGUUCAGACUGUGCAGAGUUGCUUCACUCAGUUCCCCCAUGUUCCCCAAUCAAGGGAGGAGGUUUGCCUCCUUGUGGAAUGAACAUGGGACUCCUCCCACAGACACAGAGAAAGCCACGCAGAGUGGGGCUGAUGCACACCAGGCCACCAGGGCUUUCCACACGGAAGCCUUGUAUCUCUACCCUAGCUCUGGGUGGUUGGGUGGUCGGAUGUUCUAUACCUCUACCCCAGCUCCUGGACUGCACAGCUUUAUUGGCACCAUACUCCCAGGACUAGCCCUGGAAACUCUCCCUUACAAUAAGUGUAUGUGGGCUCAUAACACAUAGGGGCUUUGUAACAAAAUGAAUGCAGCCACAGCAGGAGCACUGCCAGCUUUUUUGCUGCCCUAGGUGGCAGAAGGGCCCGUCCCUGAAAUGCCGCCCCCAACAGAGGCGGCAGAAGAUUCUGCCCCCAAAAUGCCACCCCUGACAGAGAAGGCAGAAGGUCCAGCCUUCGCGGUCAUUGCCCCCCAAAUGUUAGCGCCCUAGGCGACUGCCUACAUCGCCUAAUGGGUUGUGUCAGCCCUGAGCUACAGGCUACGACAAUAAAGUCAUGGCUUACUGAAGCUCCUUCCUCAGUAACUUUUGAAUCCCUCCUAACUUUUCCCUGUGCGGGAUUUCCCUCUAAUAAGACCUUUCUGCCUAGCACGCCUUUAAAUUUGUUCGAGCCAACCAGCUGCAGCCCCACAGUGGUCAUUUUGCAAAUGGCUGUUGAUUGCUGUAGCAUCAUCUCUUCUAGCUGGUCAGUGCUCUGGGUUCCUGUUGUUUUGUUUCUCCAGUUCUUUCUUGUUCCUGAGAAGAAUGGCACUUCAUGACAGAUACAUCAGAUCGCUCACAGAUUCCCUGUGGGGCUUUGAUGAUGGGGGAAUAAUGGCCUAGCCCCCGCCCUGCUGCUGGCCUUUCACCAGAUCUGCCCCAUCCCUUCUGAGCUGGGGAAGCUGUUGUAUUUUGGUACUCGAACCUCCCAGCCACUUUUAAUGGUUUAGUGUUGUACGUGCCAGGGUCACAUUAAUGCCUUUGACUUUCUAGGCCCAUUUAUUCCACCAAAAUUAAUGAACCAAAUCCUGGGAGUGGGCUAACCCAUAUGUAGCUCUUGGGGUGAGGUCUGGCUCUCUGCAUGUUUUGCCCAGUGCUUAAUUUGUGCCAGGCCUUGACAGGGCUGAGCCCGGCACCUUUAGGCUUAGCACCUCUGGACUUCCUGCAUCAGUUAUGAAAGUAAAAAAACCUACCUGAGCCCCAGCACCUCUUGCAUUACAAAUUAAGCUCCGGUUUCACCCCAGUGUUUGUUUAAAGCUGGGUGCUUUGUAUCUGUGGGAUCGUGGUUAAAACCUUUGGGGAAGACUCUUAUAAUAGUUCAGUUUUGUUCUUAACAUUGAAUGACUUA